GCCGGUCACUGGUGGAGUUUCCGACACAGGAUGGGAAAACAAAGGAUCGCUGGCGUAGAGGGAAACGCAACAUCCUGGGGACAGCGCAGAGCGAGGCCGGGACAUGGAGUACGAGGCGAAGAAAGGGAAGAAGGGGUUCGUGUCUCCCAUCAAGCGGCUGGUGUUCCCGAAGGCAGCCCGAAGGCAGCCCCUGAGAAGCAGCAGCCGGCGGCCUCUGCACUCCGUCCCGCUCCACCCCCCGGACUUCCUCGCAGACCCCCAGAUCCUUCUGUUCGACUAUGUCGAGAAGGAAGUGAAGUUUUUAGGUCACCUGACCUGGGUGACGGCUUCCCUGAAUCCCUCCAGCCGCGAUGAACUCUUGCAGUUACUGGAUACCGCGAGGCAGCUGAAAGAGCUUCCGCUGAAGACGACCCCCGAGCAGGACAGCAUCCUGAGCCUCUCGGCCCGCUGCCUGCUGCUCACCUGGCGGGACAACGAGGAGCUCAUCCUGAGGAUCCCCACCCACGAAAUCGCCGCGGCCUGCUACCUGAGGGAUGACGCCCUGCAGCUCCUGGUGCUCAAGACAGGUUUGGGGGUGGACCCGGUCCCCGCCGGGGGCAGCCUGGACGUCUAUCCCGGAAUCACGGAGGAGAAGAAGUGCCCCGGGGGGCCCGCUGAGAAGCGGCCGCUGGGGGGCACCAUGGAGCGGCGCCACACCAUCUGCAGCCUGGACUGGAAGAUGGCCCGGAGCGCCGGGCCGGAGGGGAGGCCGGGCGGCAGCGGGGGCAGCCUGGAGCGCCAGCAGGGCGCGGGCAGCUGGGAGAAGCGGCGGCCGGGCGCGGGCGGCCGGCCCUUCGGCAGCUGGGAGCGCCGGCAGACCUACAGCGGCAGCUGGGAGCGCCGGGCCGGCCUAGCCAAGGCGGGCGGCAGCUGGGAGCGCCGGCAGGCCUACAGCGGCAGCUGGGAGAGGGGCAAGACCUGCGGCAGCUGGGAGCGCCGGCACGUGGGGGGCACCCCCCUGGACCCCCAGGAGCCGCGCCCCGAGGCCUACUGCAACCUCAUCGUCCUGGCCGUGGCCGACAGGGACACCGCUGAGGAGUGCUGUGCCGUCAUCUGCCAGGUUUUCCAGAUCAUAUACGGAGACCAAACCAUCGAGUGCGUGGACCGGGCCGGCUACCACUACACGUCCACGCCGAAGCGUCCGUGGCUGUCCAGCCGCAGUGAGAGCUGCCGGACGGACGGGACGUACGGAUACGACGCCGACUUCAGUUGCUGCAGCUCUUCCGACGGCUCCCACGAGACCUUUGAUGCCUGCUGCAGCGGCCGCUCAUCUCCGUCUUUCCACCGCUCACACCACAGCCUCGCGACGGCCUGCAGCGGCAGCGACCAGAGCAGCAGCGGCCGGGAGCAGCUGCAGGACUACAUGACCACGCUGAGAAACAAGUUGACUCCCCAGGAGAUCCAGCAGUUCGCCCUGCUGCUUCGGGAAUACCGGACGGGCCUGGCCGUGGAAGGAUACUGCGCCGGCCUGCUGCACCUCUAUGGGGAAAGGCGGAAGUUUCUCCUGCUAGGCAUGCGGCCGUUCAUUCCCGAUCAAGACAUCGGCUACUUUGAGAGCUUCCUGGAGAACAUCGGCAUCCGGGAAGGGGGCAUCCUGACCGACAGCUUCGGGCGCAUCAAGCGGAGCAUGAGCAGCACCGCGGCCUCGGCCGUGCGCAGCUAUGACGACUGGUCCCUGCGCUCCGGCACGGAGUCCUUCAACCGCAUGAUCACGGACAUCACGCACGACAUCGAGGCCCUGGCAUGUGACGACGAGGAAGAGGAGGAUGACGGCAGUGACGCCGACUGCCACGAAGACAACUACCUCUGAGGGGGUGCCGGCCCAGGCCUUGGGGGCUGGGGGGCACGCAGGGAGGGGAAGUCUCUCAGGUGGAGCAAUUUGAAUUGGCCUUCCCAGAAGGCGAGGUCUGGAGGGGGGCAUUAAGACCUUCCUUUUUAAAAAACAUUUUAUUAACUAGUUGCCACAGACCUCUGUUUUGUAUGUUUUGCUGGAUUUCGUUGUUUUUAAUGAUUAACGUGUUAUGGUUUUUAUUAUGUUUUUAUUGUGUUUUAUCUCGUGUUGUGAGCCGCCUGGAGGUGCUGUGGCGUGCAAAUGUUUUAAAUAAACACAUCAAGAAUAAGUGGGCGACGCUGCAGUGGCCCCCAGAACAAA